AUGGUUGCAAUAGAUCCAUUAUUACUCGGUUCAAUAUCUUUUUUGCUUCUUGUGGCUGUUUUCAUUAUUGUAAGGAUAAUUAAACUGAAUGCCGACGAACGAGAUGCUCAUCGCCGUACCGAGGCCAUUCGCGCAAUGGCUGCUGCAGACGACCGACGUCAGAAUCUAGACCGGAGCGCAGCAGAAGGUUAUUCGACUGUGAAGCAUUAUCUUGAUAAGAAGCUUUUAAAUCUUGCUACGAUCGCCUUGUUUUCAGUCAUUGGAGGGCAAAGAACUGGCAGAACAAGGCGUCGUAUUCAUCAUGUAGAUGAUGACUUUAUUGCUGCUAUGAUGGACAAUGGUCGAAGUAACGUAGAUGAGGAUGUCAUUACAGAAGGUGAAGAAAUGCUCUUAGAAGCCCCAACAGCAGAUGAACACAUUGGGAAGAAGAAGUUGGCUAAGCUGCAAGCAAAAGCUGAAAAGAAAGCUCAAAGAGAAGCGGAGUUGGCUGAAAGGGAAGAACGAAAGAAGAGAGAGCAAGAAAAAGAAGAACAGCGGGAGAGGGAAAGAGAAAGGGAACGCCUUGAAGAAGAAGCAAAAGAGGAGCGUGAGCGGGUUGAACGUGAAGAACGUGAAAGACGGGAGGAAGAAGAGUAUCAGAAGCUGAAAGAAGGAUUUGUUGUCGAUGAAGAAGGAUUCGACCAGCUUGAGGAGGAGGAAUCUGCAAAUUUGAUGCUUUCUGUGACACGCCAGAAGACUUUUGAGCAUAAAAUCCAAAGGAAACUGAAAGUUGUCAACAUGGAUGAAUUGGCAGCACACUUUAACCUUCGUACUGAAGAUGCACUUAACCGGUUACAUUACUUCUUAGAAAAUGGUAUGCUUACUGGAGUUACAGAUGAUCGGGGAAAAUUUAUCUAUAUUACUGAAGAUGAACUACAUGCAGUUGCCAAAUUCAUCAAUCAGCGAGGAAGAGUUUCCCUUGCAGAACUAGUCCAGUAUAGCAAUAAGCUUAUCAAUUUGGAAGCUCCAACGACUAAAGAACAGACAGUUGCCACGUAG